AAUUCAACUCGUUCGCUGCUGCUCAGCUAUUGCCACUUGGUUUGUUGUGGGUUGACUAUUCAUUUAGUAAACUAACUAAAGUGCCCAUCAAUUCAUUAUCAAAGAACAAGCAAUUUCUCUUCUCCGCCCCUCCUCCCGUACGCUCAGCUCCACCCAGCCUAACCCACUAAGCAAUUAUUAGUUUUCCUAUUGUGUGCAAAUAAUCCAUCCUCCUAUCCAUCAAGUAAUUCGAUACAAAGUAACCCCCAAAGAGUAGUUGGCGACAGUUGGCGUAUGGCUUGGUGCUGACUACAAACGAACUAGCUAACUACUAAUUGUUAUACAAAUUAACCUUCCUUCUUGUCCUUGUCAUCGUCGUCGUCGUUUGAAAUUGAUUUCCGACCAGCUUGCAGCGGAAUAAAUUUAUCUCCUUAUAAUUGCAAUCUGAUCUUGCGCACUUGUUUCAUUUGAAGUCUAUCCAUGGACUCGUCGUUUUUGGACUCUGACGGAAGUAAUUCCCAUCAAUUUGCUCCCAACCUCGGCGAUGACUCCAACCCAGGAGGAGGGAGUGGCGAGGGGAUUGAAUUUGGAAACCCCUACUCAUUCACAGCCGACUCAAACUCCAACCCCUUCAUCGUUCCUCCCAUGGAAGAAUUGGGGGGGAUAGGAGAGGAGGAAGGUAGUGGUGUUAAGCGGAAGUUGUCAGAAGAAAACGGGGAACUCAAUACGGAUGCCCAAGUGCUAUUGAAAAUGAAUGGGGACGGUGGUGAGCUGCUGGGUGACAACCUGGGUGGCAGAGAAGGAGAUGGUCCGAGUCCAAAUAAGAAACCACUCCUCGAUGUCCGAAAACUGCUCCCCGAUCUAGAAAAGCUGUGGACAGCCGUGGAGAAUGACAUUAACGAUUUCACUGCUUGGACACAACUUCUUCAAUACGUGGACUCUGAGAACGAGUUGCUCGCCGCUCGUGAGGCUUAUGACGCGUUCCUGGGAAAGUACCCCUACUGCUACGGCUACUGGAAAAAGUAUGCAGACUAUGAGAAACGGAAAGGAUCGGCUGAGGAGUGUGCAAAGGUUUUCAACCGAGGUCUUAAAGCUAUUUCUCUCAGUGUUGAUCUCUGGAUCCAUUACCUAAACUAUGUCAAAGCCACGCACGAGACGGAGCCGGAAGUUGUAAGGUCUCAGUUUGACGUUGCCAUCACAGCUUGUGGGAUGGAGUUCAGGUCAGACAAGUUAUGGGAACAUUACAUCCAAUGGGAAAGGGAGAAUGAAAACUGGGUCAACGUGCUCCAAAUCUAUGACCGUCUCCUUGGUACACCAACGCAAAAUUACCAAAUUCACCUUCAAAACGUCAAAGAGUUCGUGAACCAAUAUAAACCAUCCCAAGUUUUAAGUACGGAGGAGUUUGCCGAACUCAAAAACUCUGUAGAGUCAUCAAAAACGGAGAGUAGUGAACCUUUGGAUGAGGAGGCGGAAACUAAUAAAAUACGCGAACUCAUUGUGGAGCGACGAACGGAGGUGUACAAAAAGAAUGAAGUUGAAAUUUCAUUGAGAUGGACAUUUGAGGAAGCGAUUAAGCGACCUUACUUCCACGUGAAGCCGUUGGAGAAGGGCCAGUUGAAAAUGUGGAAGGAAUAUUUAGAAUUUGAAAUUGGAAAAGGAGACGGGAAAAGAAUCAAGAUUCUUUUUGAGAGAUGUCUCAUUGCUUGUGCACUAUAUGAAGAAUAUUGGAUCAAGUACGUGAGAUAUUUAAUGAAUCGGAACGAGGAUGGUUCCAUGUUACUCGAAAUAGAAGACGUGUUCCGUCGCGCCUGUACUAUCCACCAUCCAAAGAAACCCUGGAUAAAUUUACACUGGGCUGCCUUUCAAGAAUCACAUGGGAAUUUCCAAGCGGCCUGCGAGAUUCUGAGCAGACUGGAUGAAGCCACCCCAGGCUCCCUCCUCAUUGCAUACAGGCACAUUAAUCUGGAACGACGACGAGGAAAUCUGCUUCAGUGCAAAGAACUAUAUAAAAAGUUUAUUGUGGGAAUGAGAAACAACAGCAGUGUAGCCAAUUCUGUACAUUUGAGUAUAAAAUAUGCCAGAUUUCUUAAUAAGACGUUGGGUGAUUAUGAACAAGCGAAAGAAGUUCUCCAGAGUUCUAUUGAUGUGGACCCCAGCACAGGAGCGAGGUGUAUCAUGGCGCUCAUAGACAUGGGAAUGGAACGCUCUCCCAUUGACGACGACCUUAUCUUGUCCACGUUCAACACCGCAUUGGCAAGUACACUCCCAGAAGAACAGAAGGUUACUUUCGCCCAUCGAAAAAUUGAGUUCCUCGAAGACUAUGGGAAGGAUGUGGAAAGUGUAAACAAAGCUCAAGACGAGUUACAGAAACUUGCGAAGGUUAUGCGAGAGAAAAAGGCUGCUGCUCCAGCCACCCCGGCGGCUACGACACCAGGCACGGGAGAAAAAACCGGCGAGACAACGACACAGGCGGUGGGAGGAGCACCAGAUGGGUCCACAAAACCUGGAACAGAUCAGGCACCAGCCAGCACAAACGGAGCUCCGCCUGCAGGAGCGUAUGACCAAUAUGCCUACAGUCAGCAGUAUAAUCAAUAUGGAAACUAUGCUAAUUGGAAUUACCAGCAGUCUACCGGAUAUGGGUAUGGUCAACAAGGGUGGAACGCUUAUCAAGGAUACUAUGGAGCAAACGAUUCGACAACUGGGGCAUGAGCAGUCGUCGUUGUCCUUUUCACAUCAUGUUGUCAUCGUUGGAUCAAACCCAUCCAAAAACUCUCCGUUACUACGUAUAUUCCAUUAAAUCCAAAACUUGUAGCGUUAUUAGGCGGGUGUAUUAAGCAUAUAAUGAACUGAAAUGAUGUAUAAAAUUAUUUGUUGUAUUCCUUGUUUUUAAACAUUUUACUCGUAAGUAUUACUUGUUGGAGUAGUACAAGAGUCUUUUAUGUGGUGAUUAUAUGUAUGAAAAUUCUUAUUGCGAUCCUUCCUUCCGAUCCCGUAUAUGUAUCUAAUAGGAAAUUGAUUAGCAGUGUUAUGUUUUAUUUUAUAUUCAUAACUGUAUAUCUUCCGGGGAAGGGCGUGCAUGCAUGUCGACCCUGUCGAAUCAAAUUGUAUAAGUGUUAGUCGUUACAAAAUAAAAAAUUUGUAAACAAUAUAUAUAUAAAUAUGCAUGAUUUUGCCUUCAACGCUGGUAAACAAAAUUACAGAUUAUAAAGUGACCUAAUUUAUAAAUAUGCAUGCAAUUGUCCUCCACUCUUUAUCAGAAGUAAUAAUUGCUAUUUCAAUUACCAUAUAUUUCUCCUGUACCAUGAAAAUGAUAAUAAUAAUUCUAGACAUGCAAGCCCACUUGAUUCGACGAAUAUUAUAAUAUUAUCUUGGCAUUUUUAUUCUUCUCAGUAUCUAAUCCAGCUAUGUGAUUAAAUUCCAGAUUUAAUAAUAGUUUAAUAAAUGAGAGCAUAAAUUAAUAA